CGCUUGGCUUUUGCGUGGUGAAGAACAGCUCUUGUUUUAUUUGUCUUCUGAUUCAUAGAUUAUAUAUAAAUAUGUGUAUCUGAUUUGCAGGGGGGGAGUGUUUUCAAAGUUAAGUGUAAUUAUAUAGCGUCUCGUUUUGCACUGUGAUGUGAUCAAAUGACUUGUUGCUGUUAACCAGUAAUAAUGAUAAUAUAGAUAUUUUUCUCUGGGCGGGAUGGAUUGUGGUUAUGAUUAGGAUAAUGAUUUCUGUAAAGGGACGCUCAGGGAAUCGGGUUGAAGAUGAUGUCUUCUGCCUUAAUUUAUCGUCCCCUUGUUGUAAUCUGUUUCGGGGAUGUUAAUCGAUUAAUCAGUUCUCAUCUCUGUAGCUGUCAUGGAUUUUGACUUGUUUUGCUUUGUUUUAACUUGAAUUCCAAGAAAGAUUGAGUAGCCUGGAAUAAAUUGCAGCUGUCCUGAUAGAAGGUAAUAUCCAGAUCCUGUUGGAAUUUUUUAAAAAGAAAAAACCUGGUAUGACACAUGUGAAAAGGCAGCAGUUAAAUCACUUUGACAGGUUCUAGUAUGGGCGAAAGAGAUGGAAUUAAGAUUUAAUUUUUUUUUCUUUUUCUUUCUUUCUUUCUUUUUUUUUUCCUUUUUUUUUUUUUUUUUUUUCUUUUUGCCAAGGGCGAAAAACAGUCCUGUGAAGUUGGCCUAGGUUCCUUUCUGGGUUCGGCCUGACUGUCCCUCCCCUCUUACUCCCCCCCCCCCCCCCCCACCUUUUCUUUCAGUUUUCUUGUCUUAGCUUUUGGUCGAUUCUUAAGGAACCGGUGGAUCAAGUUUUUUCUCUUCUUGUUAAUCGCAUUGCUGGAGCACUGACUGACCUCUCUCUCUCUUUCUCUCUCUCUCUCCCUCUUUUUUUUCUCCUCUUUCCUGAAACCCGACAUUGUCACCUCCUCUUUGAGGGGUUAGAAGAAGCUGAGAUCUCCCGACAGAGCUGGAAAUGGUGAUGAAUCUUUUUUAAUCAAAGGACAAUUUCUUUUCACUGCACUUUGACUAUGGAAACAGAGGCUAUUGAUGGCUAUAUAACGUCAGGUGACAAUGAGCUUUCACCUGAAAGGGAGCACUCCACUAUGGCAAUUGACCUCACCUCAAGCACACCCAAUGGACAGCACGCCUCACCUAGUCACAUGACAAGCACAAAUUCAGUAAAACUAGAAAUGCAGAGUGAUGAAGAAUGUGACAGGAAACCCCUGAGCCGUGAAGAUGAGAUCAGGGGCCAUGAUGAAGGUAGCGGCCUAGAAGAACCCCUAAUUGAGAGCAGUGAGGUGGCUGACAACAGGAAAGUCCAGGAGCUUCAAGGCGAGGGAGGAAUCCGGCUUCCGAAUGGUAAACUGAAAUGUGACGUCUGUGGCAUGGUUUGCAUUGGGCCCAAUGUGCUUAUGGUACAUAAAAGGAGUCACACUGGUGAACGUCCCUUCCACUGUAACCAGUGUGGAGCUUCUUUUACUCAGAAGGGAAACCUUUUGAGACACAUAAAGUUACACUCUGGAGAGAAGCCGUUCAAAUGUCCUUUUUGUAGCUAUGCCUGUAGAAGAAGGGACGCCCUCACAGGACACCUCAGGACCCACUCUGUGGGUAAACCUCACAAGUGCAACUACUGUGGACGAAGCUACAAGCAGCGCAGUUCACUGGAGGAGCACAAGGAACGCUGCCACAACUAUCUCCAGAAUGUCAGCAUGGAGGCUGCUGGGCAGGUCAUGAGUCACCAUGUACCUCCUAUGGAAGAUUGUAAGGAACAAGAGCCUAUUAUGGACAACAAUAUUUCUCUGGUGCCUUUUGAGAGACCUGCUGUCAUAGAGAAGCUCACAGGGAAUAUGGGAAAACGUAAAAGCUCCACUCCACAAAAGUUUGUGGGGGAAAAGCUCAUGCGAUUCAGCUACCCAGACAUUCACUUUGAUAUGAACUUAACAUAUGAGAAAGAGGCUGAGCUAAUGCAGUCUCAUAUGAUGGACCAAGCCAUCAACAAUGCAAUCACCUACCUUGGAGCUGAGGCCCUUCACCCACUGAUGCAGCACCCGCCAAGCACAAUCGCUGAGGUGGCCCCGGUUAUAAGUUCAGCUUAUUCUCAGGUCUAUCAUCCAAAUAGGAUAGAAAGACCCAUUAGCAGGGAAACCUCCGAUAGUCAUGAAAACAACAUGGAUGGUCCUCUCUCUCUCAUCAGACCAAAGAGUCGACCCCAGGAAAGAGAGGCCUCUCCCAGCAAUAGCUGCCUGGAUUCUACAGACUCAGAAAGCAGCCAUGAUGACCACCAGUCCUACCAAGGAAACCCUGCCUUAAAUCCCAAGAGGAAACAAAGCCCAGCUUACAUGAAGGAGGAUGUCAAGGCUUUGGAUACCACCAAGGCUCCUAAGGGCUCUCUGAAGGACAUCUACAAGGUCUUCAAUGGAGAAGGAGAACAGAUUAGGGCCUUCAAGUGUGAGCACUGCCGAGUCCUUUUCCUAGACCAUGUCAUGUACACCAUUCAUAUGGGUUGCCAUGGCUACCGGGACCCACUGGAAUGCAACAUCUGUGGCUACAGAAGCCAGGACCGUUAUGAGUUUUCAUCACACAUUGUUCGAGGGGAGCACACAUUCCACUAGGCCUUUUCAUUCCAAAGGGGACCCCUAUGAAGUAACAAACUGCACAUGAAGAAAUACUGCACUUACAAUCCCACCUUCCCUCAGAUGUCGACAUACCUUUUAUUUUUGUUUGUUUAAUAUUAUUACUGUCAUUAAUUCUUAUUUUGUGGAUGCAGUGUCAUUUACUCUGCCUAAUUACAAUAAGGAAGAAACAGAAGAGAGAAGGGACAGGGGAUAUUGUUCUUGGUAACGUGGGAAUUUAAGAGCAGUUCAUUUCUGCCAUGCAUAAAUAUAAGGUAUAUCAUGCUUUGGAAAAAAAAUCACUUGAUUCAUAUAGGUUCACCUAAGAGAUUCUAAUUUGCCACUGAUGUUCAGGAUUAUGAUUGAAGGCAAGGGAGUUUGGAGUUUUCUGGGUAGAACUUCCACAAUUUAAAGUGGUAUAAGUAAUUUUACUCUUCAAAGAAGAAACUGUUUCAAAAUGUAAACUUUUUUUUUUCCUCUAGAGAUCAUGAAACACAAACACAUGUAUUAAUUUCAGUGAUAAUCCUUGGAUGAGUUGUUGUGGGUUCUAUGUUUACUUCCCCAAUGGAAUUUAUAAUACGGUAUGUUAUACACUGUACCAUAUAGCAGAACUUGUAAACUACAGGUAGUUGAGGACACCUACAAUACAUCUGAGGUCCUGUGAUCUAAUUUUUCUAAACUUGAGCACUGUUUUCCUUAGUUUUGAUGACUGGUAUUUUAUAGACACCCUGGCAGCCUUACUUUUAACACCUUUAAUGAGUAGUAUUUUUAUCUAGUUUUAAGAAUAACAUAUGGUCUAAGAGUGGCUAAGAGGCGGUCAGUAGUUUCCAGAAAGGACCUCUGCUUUUCAUAAAUUUGUUUUGGAAGUCUUCUUUUAAAGUUGUAAUGUGAUGGCGGCAUAGUGUACAUAAUUGUUUCUAAAAGUAUGCUUACGAUUGUCACUUUAUCUGCAUUUAAUCAGUGUUAACCAGUCAGCAGAAACAUAUAAUUAGGCUAACAGUAGGAGUAAAAAAACCUACUCAGAAAUCCCUUUUCUGGUAUUUCUCUUUUCCCACUGAUUUUUUCAAGCUGUGACCACCCAGUGUUCUAUCCAUAGUCCAUCAUCCUUUACUACUUGAGUAGAAGAUCAUGAAACUCUUUGCUAUAGGUUUUUGCUCUCAAAAUCUCGGAGCAAUUACUAAUUCGACCUGAAUAUGGUAACUUGAACCCCAUAAGGUUAUGGAACUAGGGCUAUUUAUUCUAGUAUUUCUUGAAUAAUAACAUUUACCACUUUUGGUGCAAGGAAAAGGGAACUUCUUUGUAACCUGCACAUUAGACCACAGAUAAAAAAAACAGCUUAUUUUUUACACUUUUUGGGGUCUAGAAUGUAACCUAACCUCCAAGCAAAAGUCACCAUGUCCUGCACAGUUUUCCAUCUCAAACACAUUCAACUACUUAUAAGUCCUUGUCAGAAAUGAAUCUCAGUACCUUAGCAAAACAAAACAAAACAAAACAAAAAAAACCUCUUAAUCCAUACAUGUUAUCAUUUUUCAUGUGCAAAUUUUUUAUUUCAUUUAUAAAAAGGUGCUCUGUUUUUUAUGUGCAGUCCAACAGCAUUAGAGGGAAGGGAAAAAUGAGAUCAAUUCAAGUCAUUUUGGGGGGACAUACCUGGAUACAGAAAUUGCUGCUUGUGUUGAGGGAGGACAGGCCUGACCAUGGCUGGAUUAUCUGAUAGCCAUUUAUGAGUACUGAUUCUGUUAAGCAGUAACUGAUAACUGCUCUUAAAAAAAUAAUUAAAUAGGAGGCUGAAACUAUGUUUUUAAUGCAGAAUGAUGUGAGAACUAGCAAAAUUAGAGACUUAAGGACAGAGAAGCAAAUCCGGCCCCAAUACUGCUCUUGACUCAUCUUCUCAUUUAUCAUCUGCUUAUUUAAACAGCUUCUGAGCACUAACACAGCUAGAGCUGGGCAAAGACGAUUUUAACUCAGCUCUCCUUUACUCGUUCCUCUUAUAAUUAUUUUUGGAGAAAUGUCCAAACUAGUCCUUUAAAUCUAAGAGAAUGCACCAAAACAGAGACAUGAAACGUUUUAAAUAGAAUAUUGUUUUUUUUUCCCCUCCUGCAUGCUUUGGUACAUGGUGAACACACAAUUUAUUCAAAGGUAAAGUAUGCUUUUGAGACUUCCUUACCUCCCCCUACACUAACCAGUCAAAAAAUUGGAAUUUCAUAUUUUUUCCCUUUUGGAGGAAGGUAAAUAAUGUAAGUUACUGAUUUUGUGUUUUACUGCAAUUUAAGGAAAUGUGGAUGGCAGUGUGUUCAUAACUUUGGCUGUGUGUGGAUUUCUGCUGGCAUCAUCUAUGAAUUUUCUUCCUGUUCACUAUUUGUUUUUUUCAGUGUAUGAACAAUCAUGUGUCUACCUACCCUGGGAUGAAGCUGAAUUUUAGGUGGACCUAAAGAGUUGUGUAGUACCCCCAUGAAGACAGUACUCCUUUUCUGAUUUCAUCUAUUUGAGAAUCUACUUUAUCAAAGGGACAAUAUUUGUGAGAGUGUAUUUGCUACAAGUGUAUACUUGUACUUUCUUAGCUACAUGAUAUGAGGAACAGAAAGAGAUAAAGAUGGCUCAGGGUGUGGCAGGGACAAAUGAGGACGAGGUCAAUUCAAAUGUGCAGGUUAGAAUUUUUGUGGGCAUGGUGCUUUCUGGGAAACUCUAAAUGGCUAUAUUUGCAUGCUUCCUUCUUCACAAAAGGAAAUAUGCAAGUUGGUAGGGCCUAAAAAUAAAUAUGAGGGUCAGACACCAAAUAAAUCAAAUUUUACAUAACAGUUAUAUGCCCAAUUUAUUUAGGUGAGAUUUCACAUUAGAGUACUGGAGGGGCAUAAAAAUGGGUUAGCCCCUUUCUUCUGGUUUGGCAAAAAUUCAGAAAUUCAUCACAUUGCUUUGCCCUGAUUUUGCCCAGAAAUUUACCUCCAGCUCCUGUUGGAGAUGUGUGCUGCCUCUCUAAUAGUGGUCAAUCACUUUUAAAAAGCCGUUCUAACCUGGCUUUUUAGAACGGUGAAGAUGACCAAUAAGCAGAUUGGAAGAGAUUUCGAGUCGUUAAAACAUUCCGUUGAGAAUUUUCUGGAGGGACAGAACGCGAGAGACCAGGAUUUAGAUUUGGCUACAAAGUAGAAGAUGGUUUUCCUCCAUGCAUACAAGCAAUUGUAUGUGUGUGUCAGUGCGUGCAUGUGUGCAUACACACAUACACACUCCUUUGAAGAAAAGUCAUGAAAAGAAGCAAUUAGAGUCACCACAUGUCUUGCAAGAGCACUUAAAGAGUUAAAAUUAGUUAAUACCUGAGAAAUUUAGUAAACUUACUUUACCAGAUUGUAUUAAGAAAUAUUAAAGAAGUUAUUAGUAUGUCUUUAGGACUAGUUCAACUAUUAAACUAAAACCUUGGGCCUUUACAAUCUACUUGCAGAAUGAAUCUAAACAAACAAGAAAAGGAUUUUUAAGCUGAUUUGGUAUAACUUCCAAAACGAAGGAAACAAAAAUAACUUUUGAAUAGGAAGAUACAAAAAAAAAAGAUUAAUUUUUAUGUGUUGGCAAAUGGAAAAAGACAAUAUUUUAGUGAGCUUGAUGUUUUGAUUUAUAGUUACCAUGUCUCAACUCUACACCUCACAAAACUAUGAAGUCUUUAUGAUAUGUUGACAUCAGUGAAGGCAUUUAGAUGAAAAUAUGUUUUAACUGAUUUUCCAAAUGUUAUGUCAUCCUAUCUCCAAAAUGAUUCUGUAAAGUAGAAAAAGAACAGAAAAAGCUGCAAAAAUACAAACAAAAAAAAAAAAACUGUAUGCCCCUAGUUUCAAGAGAGAACUUAGAUUAUAAGAGGUACUGACUACAUUUUUUUUUUUUACUUUGAAAUAUUCAUUGUACAAGAAGAGAUACAUUACAUUUGUGGUCCUCUUUAGUUAUAUUUUAUAUAUUAUUUUUAGUAAGUACUAUCUGUAUAAGAUUAUCCAAAAAAAUUCCCCAAAUGCAAAAGAAAAGAGUAGGGGUGAAAUUAAAAUUUGUAUAUAUGAGAGUUAUCUCAGAAAUGUUUUUAAACCUCCAGUUUCUGCAAAAUAAUUAAAAUAUACAGUAACUGGUAUCUUAAGAUCCUGAGUUUAAUGUAUUAAAUACUUAUAAAAUUUCUUUAUAUUGGUGCCUUUUUAAAAUGCAUUGAGAGAGUGUUGGUUAGCUGUUGUAGCUCUACAAACACUUUUAUUAUGUAUUUUUAAAAACCACUUAAAUUUGAGUACUAUAUAAUACAUCUUCAUGUUCUUAGGGCAAAACUGUUAGAGGAAGUUCCAAUCAGAGAAUUUCAGCUCAUCUGUUUAAAGUAAAAGGAAACUUUGCAACCAGAUUUUAAUCUUAUUAGUUUGAUAGUAUUUCUGAAUACCAUUACAAGAUCAUGUAGGUAAAAUAUGGCAUAGAGGGAAAUUUCAGCUGUGAAUUGCAUUAUGGUAUGUGGUUUUGUUUUGUUUUUAAGGAAGAAUCAGUUCUAGUAUCACACAGGCUUUAUUAGUGGAAUUUUGGUCAAUAAAAUACAGUAUUGUUUUGAAAUUUCAUUUAUAGACUAGUGUUGUCCUAGUCUGAGAAUCUGUCUCCUAAUCUAUUAAUGUUUUAUGGAAUAAGGUAAAGAAGCAGGUAAUUAAUUCUCCUUGAACAAAACAAAACUGAAUAGUCAUAUCACAUUGCUAUUCUCCAAAGCAUAAUCUCAAAUGGUUUCCUGCCAUGAUUGUGUAUUACUUGCAAUGGAUGUGUUAGGAUAUGACAGCUUUUAAAAAAUAAAUAAAUAAAAAUGAGCUGCUUGUUAUACAAAGCAAAUGUCAUAUGACCAAGAAGCUGUGAUAUGCUAGUGUUUCUUUUUAUCAUAGUGUAUUGCUAGGCCAAAUAAUGACACCUUGAAUAUUUUUAUUACAUUUAUUGCAGUAACCUAAAGUUUUGGGAUUUCCAUAAGGUUUUUAUGUAACAUUAUAUUUCUAGCUUUUUAGUUUUCUCUUGCUGUACUGUAAGUUUGUGGAUAUUUUUCACAUGCACUCUUAGAAAUAAGUUCCUAAUUCUGUUUAUGGGAUUUUUCUCCCAUAACAUUGCAUUUGUAUAUUUUCUGUAUAAAUUUGUUGUGAAUUAACCUUUACCCCAUACAGAGAGUGGUACGUGAAUGACUAGUUUUCUAAGAUGUCCUUUUUAUUGUGAAUAAGAUAUAAAAUUUAGAGGCCCUCUGCUAAGCCACAUAAAACACAACAUAUAACUUCAUAAAGGUACAGAUAAGCCAGUUUGCAGUUAAUUGGGCCCUUCAAAUUACCUCAAGUGACACACAGUAAGAAGAGCUUCUCAGACGGGUGGAGGUCACUGAAUCCCCUACUAUGCACUUAUCAGGAUUCUACUUAAUUUACUGGAAGUGGAUUUUUGAAAAAUGAAUACACUGUAACAAGGGAAGGACUCUGGGUUUUGUUUUUUGUUGUAUUAUUUUGUGUCUUUUUGUUAAGUAGUUCAAUUUCUGAAACUGUGAUAAAACAUUUUGACUGUCAGGCACUCUCAGAUUUUGAACAUAAAAUCACUUCCCCUUCUGUGUAACUAAGUUCUUUGUUACCUCUUCAAUUUUGUUCUCCUCCCCCAACCACCCUUUUCUCCCCGUCCACAUCCUUUCCAUCACUGCCUCUGGACAUCUCUGCCUCUCUUUCCCCCACUAUUUGAAGAUUAGGUCAACUCUGACUUCCGAUUCAUUGGUCUCUUAAGUCUUAACUUUUUGUGUGUGAUUUUUUGUUGGCUGUAUAAUUUGCUGACAUAUUUUUAUACUCAAGUGUAGUUUUAUAUUAAAAAGAGAAGUGGUUGGAUUAAAAAUAGUAAGGUAUAUAACCAUUGUGCUACUUUCACUUUCAAAUAUUGGGUACCUAAAAUAGGACGCCAGAGAUCGUGUCAUCAUAAUAUGGUAUGUUUGCCUUCCUUUUCUGUUGGGUUUUGUGUUCUGAUUUGGUUUUCCUCCUAAAAUGUAUGAGAGAUUAAAUAAUUUUUUUGCAAGAGUUUAGAAAGAUGUUAAAAGUCUAAAACAAAAAGUCUUAAAAAUCUCCCAGUCGGGAGAAGAUGCUUUAACAUUACUAUAAUAAUAUUCCAGGUUUGGAGGGGGCUCUCCAGGCUUCAUAUUUGCUCUUAAUACUUGGACCUUUUAGACCAUGUGUUAUAAUUGCAAUCUCCGAAUGAUUGCUUCUGCUAUUUAGUUUAAAAGAUAUUUUUUUCUUUUCUUUCUGUACAAGUGCAAUACUUUCCUUGAAGUCUUAAAAACUAUGGUUAUUUUUUUUUAACUGAUCUAUUCUUUCUUUAGUUAAUGGCAAAAAAGAAAUCCUUGAAGAUCAUGGCAUGUUAGUUUAAAGGACACAACAAGCAAAGAAAAAAACACCGUAUAAUAAAAAGAUUAGAGGAUGUGGAAGCCACUGGUUUAUUCUCAUGGUAUCUUUAUUUAGGCUAAAUUUCCAUUAAAAUUGGUAAUCUUUUGCCUGAGAAAUGUGUCCUCAAGUUGAAAAAGUUGCAAUUCUUAAAGACUGAAUUUUCUUCUUAGACCCUUGUCCAAUGUUUUAAAUUAAGAACCUAAUAGUUUUUAUUUCAUUUUCCUUCUUUUGGAAAUGAACUUUAAAAUAAAAGCAAAGCACUUAGCUCAAUUUUAAACACCUAUCACCUAUUGAAGACAAUUUUUAAGAAAUAUUUGGAGCACUGUUUUCAUACAAAUUUAAGUAAGAAGUAUUUUUCGUAUCAUACAUAUUUAUAUGUAGAAUACUGGUUUUCUUUUUUUAUACCUGUGUCCCUGUAGUAAAACUGCUGUAAUGUAAAUACAUGUUUUGUUAAAAGAUAACAUUUCUUUGGCAUUUCUUUUAAAGGCAGUUACUGCAUUUGUACAGUAUGUGUCUUGGCCAUUUUAGAUUUUUUUUCUUUAACAAUACCAAAGGUAAUUAGACUACUUUAAAAACUAAUUGCUUGACAGUUUCUAGGAUAUUUUGAGUUUUAGAAGCAAAAGAAAAAAAAAUAGGUCAAACCAGUAAACCUCAUUUUUUUUCAAACUAAUAAUUUGGGAAAAUAAAAACUGUUUUGAAAAGAAAUAUAUAAAAAUAUAUAUGUAAAAUUAAAAUUCCAGACUUGUAUGUCAGGUUUGCUCAGUGUAAUGUAGUUUUUUUAAAGUUCAAAUACAAUACCUCAGAAAAUGAGGUUUACUAUGGAAAUACCGAGACAGUCUUUGCAGCUGUGUGACAAGUCAGCUCUGCUAUAUACCAAUUUGGAGACCUCUGCUAAACAGUUUUAUCACUGCAGACUAAAAUGUGGGACUUGUAUUUUGUUUUUAAUGCACACACAUACAUGUUCUGUGCAUGUAUGUGGGUACUGUGUAUACGUGUAUGAGUGUUGUAUAUGCAUGUGUGAGUGUGUGUCUGUAUGUGUGUACAACUAAAGCUGCAGAAACUUUGUAAUACUUUGUGAAAAGGAUUAUAUUAUAAAGGUUUGUACUGUCUGAGUGCACAGCUACUGGAAUAAAUUUAGGGAAUCUCAGGAACAAGCAUAUAAUUUGUCCAAGAUUUAUUUCUUCUCAGAAGUGUAAGUGCAGUUUUUAAUUCUGUAUAUUAUUUAAUAUUUUACCAAUAAAAUAAACUUCUGACAUAAAGUGUUUGCUAUAAAAACUUUCUGGUGAAAACUCUGUACACAAACAUAUCUUCCAAAUACAGAAGAUUAAACUGUUGAAUACUAUCAGGCUUAUUCAAGUUAUUGCUGUUGGGUCUAUGUGUCACACUUCCUGACCCAGAGAGGGAUACAUUUGAGAUCAGAAAUUUCCAACUUUACUACGUUGUCCCCCAGAGCAGGGAACAAAGUAUUCCAUGACUUGUUAAUGAUGGCAUCUCUUUACUCCACAGUUUUCAUAUAUAUCUUAUUUUACCCUUAAUCUAAGAGAUUUGUAUGUCAGAGCCUGUCCUCUAUAGAAGAACCCUGAGGGCAGAAAGUUGUGACUUGCUCUAAGGUACGCAGUUAAUGAUCCAACAAAUGGUCAACCAUAUUGGAAUCUAGCAUUCCUUAGGAGUCAGACCAAGAUUAAAUAAGAAUUAGGUCAUAGACAUUGUUCAAUCACAUUGGCAAAAAUGUAGCUAGUUGUCUGUUCUGCUUUAUGUUACACUAUCACUAUAUGAAUCAUAAACUUCUCGGAUUUUACAAAUGCAGCUUAUGUUUUACCAUGAGAAGUUUGUUCUGUUACCGAUGUCUUAGUGACCAGAAAUGUAAAAGAGCACAUAUGACUGCAAACUCAUUUUAUUUACAUUUAGCUGUUUGCUUAUCCCCCAAUUUCAAGCCUACUGUAUGCUUAUGACAAUUUCAAGCCUACUGUAACAUGUGAGAUAGCUGUUAGAAUUUUUCUUCACCAAUAACUGUUUAUAGAUCUUCGUGGCUAUUGAUCACAUUUCCCAAUAAUUUCACAUAGAAUGAAAAGUACAAAUGAAAUUUUCCUUCCUUGAUGGUCUUUUCAUUCAAAAUACCUAAUUUAUAGGGAAAAGGGUAAACAAAAUAGCAAGGCAAAAAAAAAAAAAAGAUGCACCUAACAAAUAAUUACUAUUAUUACAUUUAUGAAGAAUUCCUUGAAAAUCAACAAGAAAUAUUUAUCAGAUUCACCUGCCUUAUAAUACUGACAACAGCAAAAUGAAAAAGACUUUAAAAAGAUGCCAUUUGUUUUUGAUUUUUCUAUUGCAGUAGGGUCCGAGAAAUGAUAAAUAAUUGAAAUCUUGAUAUGACUUUUAGAUAUACCAAUAUGCUCAAGACAAAGGACCAUCUUUAGGAUGUGAGAAACUAUACCUUUUGCUCGUAGGAGGUCUAAGAUGCACCCAUUAAACUUCCAGUAACAUCUCAUGUUUUAUUAAUAGCCCCACUAAAAGUUCCCAUUAUGAUUUUAACUUUUCACUAGAAGACCAAUGAGGAUAAUAUUGGGUGAAAUUUAAUUGUGCUGCUUUUCUUCCAUUUGGCACAAAACUUGCUUCCCUAAAGUAGCCUAACAGGCAGAUGGGAUAAAUUGACAAAGGAGAUAAAGUAUAUAUAAUCCCAUAGAAAAAUGGAUAAAUGUCAGGGUGGGGGGAGAUCCUGGAAAAUAAAAAUAGUCUGAGAAAAAAAAAUAUUAACCUUUUUUCUUCCCCUACUGAUGUUCUAUAAUCCUAGAAUGUCUUAGAUCAGACCAACUGCUUCUAACCUGAAAUUUUGUCAAGCACAGGCAAAGUCCCUCAAAAUAGUAAAAGCAGAUACUGCCCAUAUUGCUGUUGAGUUGUUUGUUCUAGAAACCCUUAAAAGAGCUGUAUGAACCUGAUCAUCUGACUGAUUGGAACAUAUGCAAAGAAACAAGACUUUUGAGUGCUUCAGGAAGAACCAAAGGUGUAAAGGAAAUACAGUAAGGGUGUUGAUUGGACUCUACUGGACCUUAGGUAAGCCUAUUACUGAAAAGGCAGGAAUCACUUGUCAUUUUAUCUCAAUUGAUGAAGAGUGGACUCAGAGUCCCUGUCACCAUUGGGAGUGCUUCAUGAAACCCUUGAUGAGGAAGCAGGAGAAUAUAACCAAGAGGACAUGGGAAUACAGUUCCUGUUAUAUCCAUGCCCUGGGCCCACCAUGUACUGCUUCAGGUUUGGUGGCUAUAAAAGCUUAAAAGACUGGCCAACACAGCUUUUAUAAAUGAUGGAGCUUCUGACUCUUAAAAUCUCCCAUUCAAAAUUACAGAUGGGGGACCUAGGGCAUUUGGCUUUUAGAGCAGUAAACAUGGAUGUACAAUCUCAGAAAUGGAUUCUCCCAGGCUAGGCAGUGAGUGUCCUUUUUUUUUCCCUAUUUGUUUUACCUUAAUUUCUGGUGUUUCCACCCCCACCCCCAUGUCUUGUAAUUCAUCUACAUUUCUUUCUAGCUCCUUUCUCACAGUUGUCCUCAUCUGUGUCUAUAUCAACUUUUUUGUCAUUCCCCUCUUCUCUGCAUGACCUGCUGCACCAUUUGCUAUGUGUUCUUCAUCCUGUCACAAUUCUGAUUAAUCUGAAAUAUAGUCUCUUUCGAUAGAAGUAAUUUAAUGCAAACAGAAUAUAUAUGAGUUUAAACUAUGACCUUUUCCACAAGUACUUUGCAAAUUAGCACAAUUGUUACGGGCUUUAUCUAAUUCACUCUCAAUAUUCUCAUGGCAGUGUAGAGUAUUUGAUACUUCAUGUUACUGAUAGGAAACAAGUUCAGAUCAGUUGUGAUUUUGUUCAUAAACACCUCAAGUAAGUGAAAAAACUAAAACUAGACUUUAAUUCCAGAUAUACUUAGCCUAGCAUUUUAUUUUCUAAAGAAGUUUAUUCAGCAUUUGAUUGGCAAGCCCCAUUAACAGAGGAGAAUAGCAAGUCUAUAGUAGGAAUGUUUGUGCCCCCCUCAAAAUUUAUAUGUUGAAAUCUUAAUGCCAAUUUGAUAUUAGGAGGUCAGGCCUUUAGCUGGUGACUAGGUUAUAAGGGUGGAGCCCUCAUUAAUGAGAUGAAUGUUCUUUUAAAUGAGACCCACAGAGCUCUCUAGUUCCUUCCACCAUGUGGGGACACAGAAAGAAGCCACCAGCUAUGACCUGGGAAGAGGGCCUUCACCAGAAUAUGUCCUUGCUGGCACCUUGAUCUUGGACUUCCAGCCUCCAGACCUGUGAGAAAUAAAUCUCUUAUCUUUAAGCUACCACGUCUGUGGCAUUUUGUUACAGCAGCCUGAAGGGACUAAGACAGCAAAUAUUACCAAGUAGGGAACAACAAAAAUAUUCUUUUAGCAGACAUACCUUAUAAGUAACAUUU